AUGAUUAAACGAUUGUACUUUUGUGAACUGCUUCUUGACACCUCCCUCUAUGCACGGACAUCCAGCAAGCAAAAGGUGGAGAUGUGCUUCUGGGGAGAGCAGUUUAAGUUUAGCAAUCUACCUUCUGUUGAGAAUAUUAGUGUUGCUCUUUAUAGAGAAGGAGAAAAGAAGAGAAAGAAGGAGAAGCAUGUCUUGGUCGGGACAGUAAAUAUACCAGUAGCCAAUGUCACCAGUCGUUGUCACAUUGAGAAGUGGUACCAAGUACAACACGACAACAGGGCGCCAAGUAAAGACAAUGCAGCUCUCUGAAUCAAGUGCAAAUUUCAGUCAAUUGAUAUUCUUCCAAUUGAACU